GCAACCCUACGAAUUAUAGAAAGAGUGGGAUUGAUUGAGGAGAAGAGUAGUGAAAACUGAAAUCUGAAAACUAAAAGCAAUGUCGGAUUCUCGAGAAGUGGGGAAGGAGAACGCUAACUUCCGAGACAACCAUCGCCGGAUUCUUGCCGCCCAGUUCGAGCUCCGGCGGAGGCUCUACAAAGCCAUAUCCAACGAUCCCAGCCUUCCCGAUGAGGUCCGAGAGGAGAAUCGCUACAAGCUUGCCAAGCUUCCUAGAAAUAGUUCCUUCACUCGAAUCAGGAACCGCUGCGUCUUCACAGGCCGCGCUCGCGGUGUCUAUGCCGCCUUUCGCAUGUCUCGUCUCGUUUUCCGUGACUUGGCUAACAAGGGCAUGUUGAAUGGGAUCAAGAAGGCCUCCUGGUAGAUUAGCUGCCUUUGUCGCCCGAACCGGAUUUCCUUCUUCUCCUUUGCCGAUGAUACUCCGAUUACAGCGAACAAUUCGUAUGAUAAAUUUUGGUUGAAUUCUUCUCAAAGUAUAACAGAAUAGAACACCUUUUUAAUUGUUGUGGUGUUCAGCGUUGAACAACCCUUCUUAUAUAAAGAUUUUGGAAACUAUGAAUUUUAGUGCCGUUUGUUGUAGCUAGGGGAUAUUUUUCAUUGGGCUACUGCUUAUUUAUUGCAUAAAGAUAACACAAGGUAAACAAACCAUUUCUCAAUGAACAGGUAUUGGUGUUUGCAUGAUGGGAAAGCCUUGUGGGGGUUUUUGUUCACUAGCAUGAAUAUAAGUAUCUGCUUACCAACUUCGCAUGAUAA